AUGGCCACUCGGGUAUCUGCAUUCCCUAUUAACCCCCUUCAUCGUCAAUCAGAACCGGUAAAUGCCACCAAAGCGUCCGAGGCGGCCGGCUAUAUGCCCCCGCUCUUCCCCACGGAGCUUGGCCAACCUGUUCUCCUGCAAGCGGUAGCCGACACCGCGGCCGCAGCGAAGGCUCUCGCUUCAGCUUCCAGUGUAAAGAAACUGGAAUUACCUCAAUUUUUUGGUAACACGCUGCAAUGGUUACAAUUCAAACGUAUAUAUAACGUAACUAAAAAUAACUUUUCUCCUCUAGACAACAUAAAUCGGCUCCACAAUGCGCUCCGCGGCCCCGCCCGGGACGCCGUCGCGGCGCUGCUGAUGUCCACGGAGGACCCGGAGGAGGUGAUGCGCGCUCUCGAGGACAACUUCGCCCGCCCCGAGCUCAUCGUCUACAAAGAGGUCAAUUCUUUAAAAAACCUUCCUCGUCUGGGAAACGACUUGAAAGAACUAGGAGUACUGUCGAAUAAGACUUGGAGAUCUAACAUUGAUUGGGACACCGAACUCCCACAGACCGAAUCAUCUAAGUGGUUUGAAUGGUUCCAAGAACUUUUAAAAGUUUCUUCGUUGAAGAUCCCGCGUUGGUAUUCAAAAAUAAAAGGCUCGGAACCUUCAUAUCGAGAACUGCAUGUUUUUGCGGAUGCGAGUGAGCUUGCCUACGCCUGUGUCGCAUAUUGGCGCUUAGUGUACCCUGACGGCAGCAUCGAGCUCAUUCUCAUCGCAAGUAAAACGAGGGUCUCCCCACUUAAACCUAUAUCUAUCCCGCGAUUGGAGUUACAAGCCUUAAAUGUCAACAACCAGGACAAGGUUUCGCUUUCAUCUUGGCUGCAGAAAGAGGAACCGCCGGACUACCCGAGACGUGUUGAAGAUCCACCUUCUGAGUGA